AUACAUUUCUAAAGCACACUCUUCCCAGGCAUUUCCAAAUGGCCCUUCCAAUUCUUUUUGUGCUUGGGCUCCAGGUAUUUUGUUGCUUGGCUCGACCACCGCCCCCCUUUCAGUUAAAUUCCCCAGCAUGUAAUUCUUCGGUAGUGGAGGACAUCGCAGAAGAGGCCCUCAACAAGCUGAAUAAACACCGAAAAGAGGGCUAUGUUUUGGGUCUCCAACGGAUCUUUGAUGCCCGUGAAAUGCCACAGGGACCUAGAGGAGGGUCUCUCUUCUAUCUCACGUUGGAUGUUCUGGAAACUGAAUGCCACGUCUUGAGUAGGAAAUCAUGGAAAAACUGCACUUUCCGUCAACCACAUGAGACCGUUUACGGGCAAUGCAAAGUUAUAGUUCAAGCCAACAAGAAUAAAGAAUUCGGCUGUCUGUACAACUACGACUGCACUUUACGCACAAUUCCUGCUGUGACUUUUGCAAAAAUAUGCCCCGACUGCCCAGUAGCUGGUGACGUAACGGAAGCCAGGUUUCAAGAGGCGGCAUCUGAGAGCCUGCUCAAGUUCAAUACAGAAGCCAAUCAUCGGCAUUACUUUGCCAUCCUCAAUGUAACCAAAGCAACUUCACAGUGGGUCGUUGGUCCUUCAAAUUUCGUGGAAUUCACCAUCCAGGAGACAUCCUGCCUCAAGAGUGAACCUGCCUCUGACAUCUCCAAGUGCCCACUCCUCCCUUCAAAAACUGCAGUAACAGGUCUGUGCAAAGGCUCUGUGGUGGAAAGUCGGAUAGAAAACCGGAAAUUUAUCACUGUAACGUGCACCCUCUUCCAUCCACAGGCACAAGAAGGUGGUGAACAACAAUCUGGACUACAACCGGGCAGAGAUGGACACCAUGCAGAUCGCGAAAGCCAUGAAGAUGGCCAUCAUGACCACGGCAGAAAGAAGGGAGAUCAUCACCGUCAUGGAGAUGGUCACUCUCAGGAUCGCGAUCAUGGCCACCGCCACCGUGAUAGGGAUGGCCACCACCACCCUGAUAGGGAUGGCCAACGUCACCCUGAUAGGGAUGGUCAACGUCACCCUGAUAGGGAUGACCACCCACACCAUCACGGUGAUCACGGAAGGCACCAUAGCGAUCAUUCACGGGAUCAUCAAGAUCUCUCUUGUGACAAGGACCAUCUGAAAACAGUAGGGCAUGUGGUAAUCCUUCCCCCUUCAAAUGAGCAUGUGUCUCUUCACUCCUUGCCUGAAACUGGAGCAGAGUCACUGGAUGGGAAACCUGUCCCUCCUCAAGUGCAGCAGCCCCCACAACUGCCCAAGUCGCAGCUUCCAGGUAGUCCCAGCCAUCCUGAGGAAGGCAGCCAUCCACCACAGAAACCAGCAGGGCGGCCAGGGUUGACCAAGCCCAUGGGCUCAAAUAUUCCUCCCUACCCACCUGGGUUUUCUGGAUCACCCACCUGCCCAGGAGAGAGCAAAGAAAACAUCAUUGGUCUUGAGUUGCCUCAAAGGCCUGUAGUAAAAACACCCCCUGGAGGCACACAAUCCCAAACUGAGUAAGGUGGACGAUUGGUAGAUUAGGCAACAUGAGACACAAUGUAUUUAGAAAAUGAACGUGAAAAUGAAUGGCUUUGGGGAUUUCUCAAUACAAAUAGUAACUGUCAUUUGGAUUUGGAUUUGUAGGGUUUUAAUUCACACAGAGACACCAAAGCAAUCCCCGAGGUACAAACAGUAAUACCAAUUUGGACAAGUGAGGUCCCACUUGCACUUUUUGUUUAGUCCAACCGAGAUAGCAGUAGAUCAGCUACCCUGUUUUCCCGAAAAUAAGACAUCCCCAGAAAAUAAGACCUAGUAGAAGUUUUGCUGAAUUGCUAAAUAUAAGGCCUCCCCCGAAAGUAAGACCUAGCAAAGUUUUUGUUUGGAAGCAUGCCCAACGAACAGAACACCAGAGCAUGCAGGAUUGGUAAAUGUACCUACCAUAGAGUAUUGUACAUGGAAAUAAUGGUAGUAACAAGAAAUUCUUGAUAGGAUUCACAGUUUGUCUGGUUAUGCUGGUUUGCGAUGACAACUACUGUACAGUAUAUAAUAAAUGUUCAUUUUUUUGUUCAACAAUAAAUGUGAAUUCUUCUUCAUGGAAAAAUAAGACAUCCCCUGAAAAUAAGACCUAGAGUAUCUUUGGGAGCAAAAAUUAAUAUAAGACACUGUCUUGUUUUCGGGGAAACACGGUACAAUAUUGGUGGUGGUGCAUGGCUCCAGUGUCAUGCUGAAUCCAUACCAAUUUUUAGGUGCUGAGCCCUUGGAUAUCUCCUCUACAGUUUGGAUUGCAAGCCCAAUGUAGACCUAUUACCCUACUGAAACCAUUGCUCACUGCUAAUUUUAUCCAGUUGUGUUCCCUGUUAAUGUAUAAAGCUUGGGUUUGGGUCAUUGGGUGUUUUGUUUUCAAAUGUGUGUGGACUGCAAGAAGAAGUUUAUGAUACUACGGAGCACGGAGUGCGGAAGGACAAUUCAGCUCAGCUCACACUUGGGCAUGUUUGACUGUAGAGUUAGCUACCCAACCCAUAGAUACUACAAGCGGGAUGUAUAAAUAAAUACACUUCUGCAUUAGACUUCACCUACUAGUCUGUGUGUAGAUUAUUGAAUGCAGGAAGCUCAAAAGGAGUGUUUUCCUGUUUGACUCAGAUCCAAAAGCCAGAAUAUAAAUGGUUUCAGCAUUCAGCUCCUUCUGUUUCCCUAUCCUCUUGCCUUCCCCAUAUUUUUUCACUGCGAGCCCUAUAAUCCCCAAUAGGAAAUCUCUGCAUCAUUUUUAGCCAAGGAGAGGAUUUUCAGGAAAUGUAAUCCCAAAAUGAACAUUUCUUGCAGUCUCUUUCUCUUUCCUUUUCCUCAUGUGGGUCAUCAAGGCAAGAAUAGUAUCGAGGACAAGUGAAAAGAUUUCUUUUUCACCUACAUAUGGAUGUCUUCAAUCUGAAAUAUCUUCCUAUGGAUGGCUCAAUGAACAAAAUGCUGAGUUAGAUCAUAUUUUGGUUGGAAUCUAACAUGGCUUUCCUUAUGUUUUUUAUGGCCUCCCUUGAAUUUAUUUUUUUAAAUGUGGAUUUUGGGAAGAUGUUCUCAAAGAAUAAAUCCCCAGUCCUCUACACUGACCAACUUCAUUAGGCAUUUAUUCCAUGUGCAAGUGUUGGAAAGUUCUUAUCAAAAAUAAGCAAAUGUCAACCUGUCCUUGAUUAUACAUCUGAGUUAAGCAAUUGGACUUUCCAAGUGUUGUUGCUUAACAUCAAAAUGAAACAAAUUCAAACAAAGAACAAAAAUUGGAAACGGCAUCAGCAUUCCAGCCAGAAUACUUGAAAGCUCAGCUACUUCAAAAGUCAAGGUGGACCUCUUGGCCACAUAUGUCUGGGCAAUCAGGGAGUGUUUUCCUCCAAAUCCAAACACUGUGCUAGCUAGGGAAUAUUUUGCCAUAAUUUUUCUCAUUUGUUUGGACAUGGCAGACGUCUUCAUUGUGAUGUGAGAAAACUGACUCUAUUCUGUGCUCAAAUGUAUCUUACAAACACUUGAUAAAUGAUGGCUGCAACA